AUGAAGGAUGCUGCCAUUCGGCCGGAUGCCUUUAGCCGCGCCUCGCUCAUCCGAGCCGCCAGCGCGAAGCCGAAAGGAGCAGCGGAAGCCGAGGCCUUGCUGGAGAAGUUCUUGCUGGAGAGCAUGGAUGUGGGACUGGUUGGAUAUUCGGCCGUGGUGGAUGCCUUCGCAAAAGCUGGCAUGGGCAGCCAAGCGCGGAAAUGGUUCGGACUCGCGCUGGAGGCGCGCCUUCGGCCAGAUGUGGUGAUGUACAACUCGGUCAUCAACAGCUGCGCGAAGGAGGGCAGACAAGACGACGCAGAGGGCUGGCUCAGAAGCAUGCUCCAACAUGAGAUGUCUCCCGAUCGCGUGAGCUUCAACUCGGUCCUCGAUGCCGCCGCGCGAUCCGGCCAAGGCGAUGCCAGCAUCGAGCUGAGCUCCCGGAUGCUUCAAAGCAUGUCCAGCUCCCGCAUCCCGCCGGACAUGAUCAGUUACAAUGCGGCCAUUCUGGCCUGCGUAUGCGCUGGCGCGGCGGAAUCUGCAGCCGACUUCGUUGCUGCCUUGCGUGGCGACGGGCUGCACCCCGACGAUGUGACCUUCACAACCCUACUGCAGGACGCCGACAAUGAUGCGGAGAAGGCAGAAGCGUGGUUUGAGUGGCUUUUGGCUGCAGGAGGUUCUCCGACCCCUGUCGCUUUCACGGCUUUGUCUGCGGCUGCAGCAGCUGCCGGCGACGUCGCCCGUGCUGAGAAGAGCCGCGCAAGGUGUUGGGAGCUGCUUGGUGCAGAAGGUGUCUGCAAAGCGGAAGACGAAGGUUUGCUGCGGCAGAUCUUGCGGGCCUGUGGACGGUCGAGCAAUGCGGCACGCGCAGGUCAGUGGGCACAGUGGAUGGUUUCGCAGACGCUGGACCCGGGACGACAAGGAUUCACUUCCGUGAUUGCCGCGCACGGGCAAAGGCGUGAUGCGGACGGUGCACAGAGCUGGUUCGAUGAGAUGCAGAGAGCUGGAUUGAAGGCGGAUCUUCUUUCCUGGAGCGCACUGGUGACUGCGCUGUCCCGAUCUCGUCGCGUGGAGCAAGCGCUCCGCGCCUUGGACCAGAUGCAGGAACAGUCCGUGCAGCCCGACGGACGUUUGUACCAGCAGCUUCUCAAGACGCUGCCCGGCAGAGGACCUUUGGUCUCUUGGAAGGUGUUUUGGCUGGGCGUGGUGCCAGCACUCGCCGCUGGCCUGGUGCUCCCCAGCAUCUUCGGAGCAUGGUACGUGUCAAGCGUCAUCGGUGGCCUCAUUCUUCUUUACCUUCUCGUCGAGGCGAUCAUCCUCCUCUUCUUCAAGAAUCACUUCCAGCUGUGGGCCCUGCAGAGGCCCUGGAACUUCCUGGCUCGCCUCCUCCUGCCACCGGUGGAGGUCAUAGACAGCCUCACAGCUGGCAGCACCUACAUCUCCAUGAUCGUCUAUGGGAAGUGGGGUAAGAACUUCUGUGCCUCUGGGCAGGUGUGGCUAGGCAGCCAUGCUGAUGUCACCAAGGCCGUGCAGAAUCCCCAAGGCCGAACUUUCUGGCUGGGCGAACACCCCUUGCUGCCAAGCAACUUGCCUCGGGGGGAGUCUGGUCGCUGCGUCUUCCUGCUGAGCCUCUCCGGCAAGGCUGUGGGGGGUACCGGGGACCACGAGGCCUUCCGCCAGUGUGUAAUAGACACCGUCUUGAACGAGGCCUCCGUGGCGAGGGAGUCCGAUGAGAUGUGCCAGCGACUUUUGGAGCAGUGUGCCGAAGACUUCAUGAAGCAAGACACCGGUUUCGACUUCUACAACGGAGCAGAUGGUGGGAACCAGGAAUUCUGGACCAAGUAUCUUCAUCAUGUACUCUUUGGGUUGGACAUCGAUGAUAAGGAGGUGAUGGCCACGCUCAAUGCUUUCUAUGCAGGGCAGUUCAGCUUGAUGCACUAUCUGGACCCCAUGGGCCAUCUCUUCUCCCAGCACGAGAAGAUCGCUAAGGUCGCAGAGCUCUACGAGAAGUCCCCGGCAUUCAGCAACUUCGAGGUCAAGCCCGAGUACAACAACAUGACUGCCAAAGAGCUGGCCCUGCUCAUGUCAAGCAUCAUACGGAUCGCCGGCGUCCAGGGCUCUCGCAUGUUCACUUGGCUUUGUACUUCUGGCACCCAGCAUGGAAACCUCCUAAUCGAUGCCCGCACCGUUUGGGAUUCCCUGGACCUGGAGGACGAAGAUGAAGUUCUCAGGUACAUCCUCGAGGUUGCUCGCCUCUCUCCGCCCGUCACGGUCUCCCACCGUGUUGCCACCGAGCCGUUCUCCUGCGACAUUGCAGGCCGAACAUACAGCUUUCCUGCAGGCACCAAAGUGGCCAUUCCAUUCUUUCUGGCCAACAUCGAUCCCAUCGUCUGGGGUACGGAUGCAUUGGACUUUAACCAUAAGCGCCAUGGCCUCAUAGAGAACCACACCGGCUUCAACGCCGUAAACGGGCUGGGACCGCGAGAAUGUCCCGGCAAAGGCCUGGUGCUCAGGAGCAUGGUUCGCCUGCUGCAGGUCAUCGGCAAGAAGAGGAGGCAACCAAGUGCCCGUACUAGCCCACAAAGUGUUUGA